CAUUCCAGAAGGACACGUGGCGAGCGGCCAUUUGUUUCUCUUGAGCGCCUAUGUGGCUCCACAUGACCCUAGGUUUGGAGUGUGGAGGAGAGGAGCGAUUAUGCAGCGCCAAGGGAGGAGCGGCAACGCAAAUGGAGGCGGCGGCGAUGGUAGCGGCGAUUACCGGCGAGGAGGCGGCGGGGCAUUCCCUGAUCCAUUCGCUGGGUUUGGCGGAUUUGGCUUCGGUGGCAGCAUGAUGCAAAAUUUCUUUGGCGGCCGCGAUCCCUUCGACGAUCCCUUCUUCAAUCGGCCGUUUGGGAGCUUGUUUGGAGGAUUUCCAGACAAUAAUCCCUUCGAUCACAGGCGCGAUGGCGGUUUCUUGGAGAAUAGGCCUUUUCAUUCACAGCAGGAGAACCGGAGAGGCCCUAUUAUCGAAGAAAUCGAGGACGAUCAUCCUCACGCGACUGGGUCGAGCCAAGAACCGAUUGUGGAGCAUCCAGACGAUGAUGUGAGGCCUGACCGUAGGCAAAGGGUGACAAGCCGUCACCAGGGUCCUCUCGUGAACCAUCGAGAUGACGGAGGUUUUCAAUCGUAUUCUUUCCAAAGCUCGUCUUUCAGCUACGGGGGACCGAAUGGCAACUAUUACGCCUCUUCGACGGCAAGGAGGCGAGGUCCAAAUGGGGUUGUUCACGAAGAACAUCAUGAAAAGGACUCUUCUAGUAAAUCUGAGACGCACAGGGUAUCGAGGGGAAUUCAUGACAAGGGCCAUUCCUUGACUCGUAAGCGCAACGCAGAGGGACGGGAAGAAAAUCUCCAAACACUUCACAACCUGGGCGAAGAGGAAGUUCCUGAGUUCGAGAAGCGUUGGGAAUUCGAAGCCGAACGCAACCUUCCUGGCUGGAACAGGAACAGAGCAAGGUCGCUAGCUGGAGGAGGCAACGAAGGAAGUCGUCAACGGGCUGCCUUACCUUCUGGAUCUUCUGGAUCUUCUGGAUGGUCUGGUGCCAGACAAGCUUGAGACGCACGUAUUCAAAUCACGAACGAGUUUCUGGUCGUUCGUGAUAACCAUCGUCAUAGUACACGAGGUCUAUAUUUACGUAGUAAACGGGCCAUAGAGCCGGUUUGUUGAAGGGAUAGAACCUUUUAGAGGCUCUUUCUCUUGCUGUGCCAUUCUUCAUGCCGGCAAGGAAGAAUAUCAUCCUACUUACUGUCGCGCA